AUGGAAGAUCUAUACGAAAAUUUCUUAUCGUCCUCUGAUGAUGAAGAUUUAUUACCAAUUAUAAAUCGAAGGCCAAGGAUUAUUAAAGACAGAAUAAAUUAUAUGGAGACAUUUGACGAUGUGGAUUUUGUUCGAAGAUUUCGAUUGUCAAAGAACACUGUAAACGAGUUGCUCAUUGAAAUACAAGACCAGUUGCAAAGUGCAACUCAAAGGAAUCAUGCUAUUUCGCCAAUAAUCCAAGUUCUGCUUACUUUACGGUAUUAUGCAACUGGUUCACAUUUUAUUGCUGCAGGAGACUUCUCGGGUGUCAGCAAAUCUAGUGCCCAUAGAAUAGUUCAUAGAGUCACAGCAGCUAUUGCUAGAUUAGCUCCAGAUGUGAUAAAACUUCCUGCUUCACCACAAGAAAUAUCAGCAACUCAAAUAGAUUUUUAUGCUAUAGCUCGAUUUCCUAGAGUUAUUGCAGCAUUCAAUUGUACACAUAUUAAAGUACAAUCUUUUGGAGGUAAUGAAGCAGAAAUUUUCAGAAACAGAAAAGGUUAUUUUUCCAUAAAUGUGCAAGCUACUUGUGACGCAAAUUUAAAAUUUUCAAAUAUUGUUGCUCGUUGGCCUGGAAGUGCUCAUGAUGCAACAAUACUCAACAAUUCAAGAUUACGUGGCUGUGCAGAAGCUGGAGAGUUUGGUGAUGGAAUUAUCUUGGCAGAUGGUGGUUAUAAUAUGAGAUCAUACCUCUUAACUCCACUUUCAAAUCCUGCAACUCCAGCUCAAAAUUUAUACAAUGAAUCACAAAUCAGAACAAGAAAUACAAUUGAGCGAGCAUUUGGAGUAUGGAAACGUAGAUUUCCAUGUUUAGCUAUAGGCAUGCGUUUCACAAAAGAUCAUGUACUUCCAGUAAUAGUAGCUACUGCAGUUUUGCAUAAUUUGGCACGAAUAACUGGGGAAGAACAGUCCCCUGAUGAUCCGGAUUUAAACAUAAACUGGGAUGAAAUUUUAAAUGCAGAUCUUCACAAUAGAGUAAACUUGGGAGCAGGCGAAGACCUCACGCUUCGACUUCUUUUACAGUAUUUUGAAAGUCUUGUAGGUUGA